UAUGUUUGAUGUGUUAUGUCUCCUGUCAGCCCCCCAAAGCCUCAGUUUGCCAGCUGGCUCAUAGAGCAGGUGGAGACGGGCCAGUACGCAGGUCUUUCCUAUGUGGGCCAAAACAAGUUCAGAGUGCCUUGGAAGCACAACUCCCGGAAGGACUGCAACGACGAGGACAAUAAAAUAUUCCGGGCAUGGGCAGUAGCAAGUGGUAAAAUCAACGAGUUCCCUAAUGACAAGGCCCGGUGGAAAACCAACUUCCGCUGUGCCCUCAACAACCUCUCAGAGCGCUUUAAGAUGAUAAAGGAUAAUUCUAAGAAUAAUGACGACCCUCAUAAAAUCUAUGAGAUUAUCAACACUGAGCAGAAUCAUCCAAGUCUGCCAACACAAGACCCCCAGGACGAUUUGGACAUGAUUCCAGAUAUCUACAGCUCUCCUACAGAGUACUUCCCCUCAGGAAAUGAGAUCAAUCUCCUUAACAACUUCAUGGCCUUGGAUCUUGACAACCAUGGAACAGAGGAGCAACUGUGGGCAGGGGAGUAUAACCAGCCCAAUCCAGCACUCCUAGGAAGCUAUCCUGCUGCAGCCGAGAACCACCCACAGGUUUUACCACAUCAGCCGUCUUAUUAUGAGGUAACUCCGCUAAGCAUAUAUGACCUGGAGAUCUCCAUACACUACAGGAAAAGAGAAAUGCUAAAGAUGACAGUGAACAUCUCCAGCACUACCCGUCUUCAGCUCCACUACCAACACGAAGCACCUGAGCUCAAUGCCCAUUGUCUCUGUUUCCCCUCCACUGAUGACCUGCUGGACCACAAACAGAUUGAAUACACCAACCGCAUCCUCAGUAACAUCCAGAGAGGUCUGCUCCUGGAGGUUCGGAAUACUGGUAUCUAUGCUGUGAGGCAGGACAGAUGCCAUGUGUUUGCCAGUACCAGUGAUCCCAGUGUGGCUCAUCCAGACCCAAGAAAGCUCCCCCAAAACAGCAUGGUGGAGCUCCUUAGCUUUGAGAACUAUGUUCAUGAACUGAGACAGUUUAAGGAAAAUAACAGCGGCUCUCCCGAGUACACCAUCAACAUGUGCUUUGGAGAGAAGUUUCCUGAUGGAAAACCUCUGGAGAAGAAACUUAUCAUAGUUAAGGUGGUUCCUCUGAUCUGUCGACACUUUCAUGAGAUGGCACAGAUGGAGGGGGCUUCAUCUCUUCACAGUGCCAACAUCAGCCUGCAGAUCUCACACAACAGCCUCUAUGAUCUCAUUAACUCCGCCUUUAGCCUGCCAACAGCUGAAGAGCCGGUACGAGCUGCUGAGCCUUUCUUGCAUCAUAUCUGAAAUUUGAUCUCUCUUUCCUCUAAUGGGACUACAUGAUGCACCACGCCCUGCUCGUAUUGAAAGCUUUUCUUAAAAACAAAGUAGCCAAAUUGCUGAGCUGUUGAAUGUUCCAGUAACUCAAGCAAGAAUUAGUAAUUAACGUUGGUAUUGUAGAAUUUUAUUGACAAUAAUUGCUCCAUUAUUUAUUAACCAACUCGUGUUCACUUAAAUGGACAUCUCCACUAUUUGUUCAGUUAUUCACCUCAAAGACCAAUGAUGUUGCCUUAGAAGAAACUUUUAUCGGAUUACUGUAAAUGCCAAAUUACUUCUAUACAGGAUGUAUGUAGGAACUGAAUGUCUAAAGUGAUGCUGCAUACAUUCUAACAUGUAUAGUAUUUUGCUUUCUGAUCACAUACGAGUGUGUAGAAUGCACAUUUGAUAACGUUACUCUGUGUUCUACGUUUUGUGUCAUACAGCCGCAGUCUAAAAACGUGUACGUCUGUGGAGAAGUGUAUUUUGCACGUCAGAAAUUUAAUACUUUUUACUCUGCUAGUCAUCUUGCACUUUUCAUACAAAUGUGCAUUUUUUAUGUGCUACUCUGUGUUUCAGAGGUUCUUUUUUUUUAUCAUUUUGGACUCUUAUUGUGUUAUUUUUGUUCUCACUUGACAUGGACUACAGAUGGAGCUUAAGUUUGGUAUGGUGCAUCAAGUGCUGACACUGUCCCUUUUAAAUAAAGAUAAGAAACUGAAU